AUGAGAAAAGCAAUAGCAAUACUGCUUAUUCUUUUAAGUUUGCUCUCUUGGAUUUCUUUAACUCAUGGGCGAGUCUCAGAAGACUAUGCCAUAGACUAUGACGGAGGCACAGAUGAUCUAUCAUUUGAACCAAACCUCCUCCCAGGGCAGCCCAGGAUUGGACACAUGAACAACGCUCAGGUCAAUCAACCUCGGUCUUUAUCAAUGCCCACAUGUCCCCCUUGCGGUCCAGCUUUCAGAAGAAGAUCAAAUCUCUUCCCUGGGGGUGUCGCAUCGCAACACAUAUAUGGGAAUAAUGCUAGAGUAUCCCAGUCUAACGUAUAUCAAGAAGAUCCUCAAAAGUGCAAAUCUCCUAUUCCUCCUCCGGUUGAGGGUCAUGAUCUAAAUCGUUUGGGUAGGUCUAGAUAUAAGAGAGAAUCCGCUUCGGGUAAUGCUCCAAAAAGCACUAAAGGCAUAAAAGCUGGAAAAUCAAAAAAGCGUCACACCACCACAGACGCGAUCAUAGUCAAAAGGGCAAUCAGCACCACUCCUGAUACCACAACAGUUUCUUCGUUGAAUCUGCAUGAGUUUCCAUCCUCUCUUCCUGAAAUAGGGAGAGAGUCAGCUACUAUAAUCCCGUCAGCAGGGGUGGUUAUAGAGCAAUCUGGAGCUUAUAUGGAAUUCUCUGGGUAUGUUUAUGUCCCUAUUCUCUACCAUAUGCCUCAAUUAUUAUUGCUGAGUAACAAUCUUAUGGAAGAUGGUUGUAACAUCACAGAAUUCAUAAACUACCAAAAGGCUAUUAUGGAGAUCCUCGAAAACAAGAUCGGGUCUUUAAUCCCACAGCAUAGAACCCGACGGACAAAACGCUUUUUGGCGUUGGUUGCUCUCGGAGGAGCGGUGGCCUGGAACCGGGCAUCCAUUGCAUCUCUUGAGACAUCAGUUGAAGCUCUAACCCAGCAAUUGACAGCAGUCCGAGACCAACGCCUCUUAGUAACUGAGAGUAUUAAUAUGCUUUCUACUAAUUUUCUAUCUAAAUUACCGGAGGUCGUAAAAUAUUUAAAUAAUAUCGCUCACCUAGCAGUA